AUGGCAGCCCACGGAUCGAACAGCAGCACCACGGCCGCAGCAACGACGGAGGAUGUCCUCAAUCUGGAGAGCUUCGGCUACAAGCAGGAGCUCAAAAGAGACUUCUCGCUCUUCGGCAUGUUCGGCUUCGCCUUUUCAGUCUUGACCUGCUGGACCGCCCUGGGAGGCUCUUUAGUGGCGGCCAUCGAAGCAGGAGGCCCGCCGGUCAUCAUCUACAGCUGGAUCGGGGUUUCUUUCUUCUCGCUCUUCGUCGCCUACUCAUUCGCCGAGAUCUGCAGCGCCUUCCCCGUCGCCGGCGGCCAGUACUCGUGGGUUGCCAUCUUGACGCCGCCCAAAUGGGCCAGACUGACCUCUUACCUGUGUGGCUGGUUUAUUGUUAUUGGCUUCUUGUCGGCCGGGGCUGCCAAUGGCUUCAUCGGCGCCAGUUUUGUUCUUGGGAUGGCCCAGAUCGCCCAUCCAGACUUUGUCAUUGAGAGGUGGCAUACGUGCCUGGUCUGCUAUCUUGUCCUGAUCCUCGCCGCCGCCGUCAAUGUCUGGGGUCGCCAUCUGUUGAACAAGAUGGGCAAGGUCAUGAUCACCUUCAACUUGCUGUCCUUCGUGGUCGUCAUCAUCGUCAUUCUGGCCAAAGAUCAACAGAAAGCGAGCGCGGCCUUCGUCUUCAAAGACUUCAACAACAACACCGGGUUCGGCAACUCGUACGCAAGCUUGUUGGGGAUCCUGCAGGCGGCAUUUGGCAUGACCGGAUACGACGCAACGGCACACAUGACGGAAGAGAUGCGCAAUGCCAGGAAAGAUGCUCCGAAAGCCAUCAUCUGGUCGGUCUGGGUUGGUGCAUUCACGGGCUUUGCCUUCCUCAUUGCGUCCUUCUUCUGCAUCCGCAACCUCACCGCCAUCGAGACGUCCUCGACCGGCGUACCUCUGAUCGCCAUCUUCUACGAAGCCACCGGCAGCGUGGGCGGGGCCAUUGGCCUCACCACCCUCAUCACCAUCAUCGCCUUGGUCAGUUUGUGCUUCCUCAUGGCCCAAAGCUCGCGGGUGAUCUUCUCUUUUGCUCGCGACCACGGAUUGCCCUUUUCUGGGAUUAUCAGCAAGGUUCAUCCGACGCUGCAUGUCCCCACCUACAGCAUCUUGACCGUCCUCGUCGUCAACAUGGCUCUGAUGGCCAUCUACUUCGGGUCUGUGACGGGCUUCAACACCGUGCUGGGGAUCUCCACGGAAGGCUUCUAUCUGUCCUACAUCAUGCCACUCCUCGUCCGCAUUUGGGGCCGCCUUCAGGGUCGAGAAGAUAUCGACAGCGCCUACUCUCUCGGUCGAUUUGGUAUGUUGUUCAACGUCGUGGGCAUCCUCUACCUGACGUUCGCCGCCAUCGUGUUCAACUUCCCUUCGGUCAGCCCGGUCAAUGCCGAUAAUAUGAACUAUACUUCGGCUGCCGUCGGCGUCUGCGGUCUGAUUGCUGCCAUUACGUGGGUAACGACCGGUCGUACCCACUUCACCGGCCCGCAGCGCGGUGGCAUUCUGGAGGGAAGAUUCCCCAGGCUCGUCGACGACGACGUUCACCACGUCAAGCCUGCUCCGAGCCCCAAAGGUCUCGAAAAUUGA